UCCUCUCUCCCUUCCUCUUGCUGCUUCCUCUUGGAAAUUAUGGCUCAUCCGGGGAGAAGAGGCUACGAUAACCGGGAGAUAGUGCUGAAGUACAUCCACUAUAAACUCUCGCAGAGGGGAUACGACUGGGCUGCCGGCGAGGACAGGGCACCCCUGCCUCCAGGUCUCUCUCCUCCUGCUGCUGCUGCGGUUGCUGCUGCUGCUGCUGCUGCUGGGACUUCCUCUGAUCACACUGGGCUGGUGUCUUUCGGCGGCGUUAUGUGCGUGGAGAGCGUCAACCGGGAGAUGUCUCCCCUCGUGGACAGCAUCGCCACCUGGAUGACCGAGUACCUGAACCGGCACCUGCACAACUGGAUCCAGGACAACGGAGGCUGGGAUGCCUUCGUGGAGUUGUAUGGCAACAGUAUGAGGCCUUUGUUCGAUUUCUCCUGGAUUUCUCUGAAGACUAUCCUGAGUCUGGUUCUGGUGGGAGCUUGCAUCACUCUUGGCGCUUAUCUCGGACAUAAGUAGAGUCACCCAGUUUAUCGUGGAUUACAAAAGUCUUUUAAAACAACAAAAUAAUAUUUUUUUUUUCUGUAGCACAAUGCUAUUUUAUGAGCAAAACAACUUCCCAGCUAAAGAUUAAAUCAGCUAUUACUGCCAAAGGAAAUAUCAUUUAUUUUUACACUGCAGGAAAAUUAUUUAUUAAAAGAUAUUUACAUUUUAACCUGCUAUUUUCAGAAACUCUGCAAGUUGUAUCUGUCAUCACAUCACGUUGUUAUUCUUAACUUCAAUGAGGGUCAAAGUCUAUUAGGUUCUUUUGUUAAUUAAUGCAGCUGGCUGGAUUAUUUUAUCUCUGGAGAGCAAAUACACUGUCAAAGACCUACCUGCUUACACUUACGAGGGCAGUUACUUGAGCUGCUAAAGCCUGCGCAGUUGUGUUGAUUUUCCUUGCAUUUUCCGGAUGGCUGGGAGGGAACUGAAAGACAAGGUCAGAGUGAACAAAGUUCUCACCCUGUCCUGCUGGCAAGAACUGAUGGAGUAAACGAUUCAACAUGGUACAUACGUGGAGUCAAGAUGGCAACUUCUUGAAGGACACCUGGCUAUACCUACAGGAGAACAGAUGGAAAUAUGAUUGCCUAUGCCUUGUAAACAUGCGUUUUCAAGUUACCAGUUGUGCCAUCACGUCAUAAUCACAAUACCCUAAUACAUGUCAACUCAAAUACUUUUUUUUAAUAGAAUUGUGAAGUUAAAUCUUUGGGGCUUGCAGGAAAUUGCUGUUCCAAUGAUUUUCUCAGCAGUAAAACGUUUUUUUGCGGCUACUGACACAGAAACAUCAGGAGACCUUAAGUGCCUGCUUCGACAGAGCAGAGCUGGAGUCUGAAGACCUGACCUGUGU